AUGUCGAAAGAAGGCUCUGGAUCAUGCGGUUGCCCCAAUCCCUCAUGCAGGCCGCCGCAAACACAGCGGCCAACUUGUCGCCCACCACCGACGCUCUUCUCGAGGCUCAACUGUACUGCCUGCAAUCGCUUGUUCUUCUUCAUUGUCGGGGCAGGAGUCGCGAUUUACUAUGACAAACUGAAGGAAGCGGCACGUAAGGCCGAAGAGGAGGCGAACAAAGACCCCAAGCAGAAAGAGAAGGAGCGCAAGGAGAAAGAAAAGCAGGAGAAGGCAGAGAAAGAUAGAAAAGAGAAAGAGCGUAAGGAGCAGGAGAAGAAAGACAAGGAGCGUAAGGCGAAAGAGCAAAAGGAGAGGGAGAAGAAAGAAAAGGAGGAAAAGGCAGCGAAGAAGUGAAAUAAAUUUUUCAUAAUGUGCGAAAAUGAAGCCAUCGAUCAUAAAAUGCAAAAUUUACAAAAUGUUUAAAGCGUUAUAAAACGUAUUACCAAAAAUUACCAAUUAAAAUUAUUACAAUUCAAUUAGUUCGACUGAUUUAAUAAUGUUGCAAUACUAAAAUUUUAAAUUUACAGAUUAGCGAGAAAAAGAGAGAUUCAAAUAGUGGUUUUGACUGUCCAGAGGUGUUCGGGUGUUACACGCAUUGAAGGCCGUUCUAUAAAGCCGGAGGCUGACACAUACUAAAUCAUAUGUUGUCAUCUUCCGGUUGAAUUAGCUCGUCAUUCAAUUCCAGUAGUAAGAUCCGCACAUUGCAAUCCAGACUCCCCAUCGAUAUUCUCAACUUAGUCCUUGGGCUUUGAUUUCUUAUCGCUGCUGGCAUUCUGUAGUUCCUCUUUGAUCCGAUCCUUUUGACGCACUAUAAGUACGCCAAGUCCCACGCCAAUCGAGAAGAACAGAACACGAUUGCAUGGCCCGCAAUUGAGUCGCGAUAGGAUCGAUGGACGUGGUCUGCACGAUCUUCGCAUAUCGAUGAUUUAGUUUUUUUCUCAAUUUCUCGCGCGCCGAGAAUAUUGUUAUUCAGGGUUUUAAAGCAACUGAAUUUCUCGUCGCUUGGCUUUUUUGAAAUGUCAUUUCAUUAUCUUGACAUUUCUUGCGGAGCUUAUAUGGAUGGAAGGCAUCUCUACGGGGUCCUACUACUUCUUUUUAUUGUCCUUGCCUUUGUUGUCCUUGCUGUCCUUGCCAUCUUCGGCGGGGAAUGUCUUUGCAUACCAAAGCCCCACGAUGACACCAGCAAAGGUCGCCGAAAUGCGCUCACACCACAUAAACAUCUUGGAGAGGGAACCUUUUUGACCUUACCAAAACCUAAAAUAAUAUGUAAACUGUGCGGUUUCGCUUUGGGGAAAUGCCUGAAUAUAUUUUUGUGUACUUUAUGUUUAUUUUUUUCGAACGUUAUCUGAAA